AUGGAUAACCGUGGCGUUGAAGAACUCCUCUCGUCGUUUGCUUCCGAUGCAUUCGCCAUCCAAUCUCAGCCUGAGAAAGACUUGCGGGCCUGCUUGAUGAAUUUCUUUUCAGUUGGCCAUGGUCCUGAUGGGCCGACGAAUCAUCGUAACGCCAACAUCCACGCUUCAUCCGGUCGACAGUCAAACCAUAGUGCCUCAAGUCCAAGUUUGCCGGUGGAAGCCCAGAUGUCUGUAUCAUAUCAAGCCAGCGAGCUCCCGCCUCCUAACACGCCGUUGGGAAGCCCGAUGAAGGAAGACGUCUUCAACUUUCCAGCCCCCACAACCAACGCCUUCUCGCCCCAAGACUAUCCAGUCACUCCUUCUCUAGCUGACAACAAAGCACAAAAACCGAUACAUCACGCUGUAACUCCUUCUAAUAACUCAUCCUUUGGGAGUUGUCCAAGUUGUUCUCAUUCGCUCGGCUUCCACCAAGACGAUCCCCGGCUUCUUCAUGCUCCCAAUUGCCACUUCGAUCAAUUCAACAACAAUCAUCAAUCUCCUCUUGGCCAAGACUCUAAUUUAUCGUCCUCCCAUUCACCCUCUGAUCAAUGUCAACUGCCUGCUCAAUUUAACCCUUAA